CACUUUACCUCGAAUAACACGCACACGGGCUUCUUAAAGGCGAAUAGUUUUGCAACAUCCACGUGCGCUCAAUGCUCCACUUAGAACACACCGGUACCGGCGGCACCUGCGGGACUCAGAAGACUUGAAAGCAGCCCCGGGUCGUGCGAGCCAGUGAUGCCGGACACAUUCACGCACAUAAACAACCGGACAGAGCCGCGGCUGGAGCUCGAGCGCACGCUGGCCACGGAGGAGGGCGAGCGCCCCGCGUGGGUCAUCGGAAUCCUGGCCAGCGUGCUGAUCUUCACCACGGUGGUGGACGUGCUGGGCAACCUGCUGGUGAUCGUCGCGGUGUGCAGGAACCGCAAGCUGAGGAACUCCGGAAAUGUGUUUGUGGUGAGUCUGGCAUUUGCUGACCUGGUGGUGGCAUUCUACCCAUAUCCCUUGGUUCUCUAUGCUCUCUUCCAUGAUGGUUGGGCAUUUGGAAACACACAAUGCAUGAUCAGUGGUUUCCUUAUGGGCCUGAGUGUCAUUGGUUCCAUCUUCAACAUCACUGGGAUUGCAGUAAACAGAUAUUGCUACAUCUGUCACUCAUUCUCAUACAGUCGGUUGUACAGCUUUCGCAACACUCUGCUGUUUGUUGCCUUAAUCUGGCUACUCACAGUAGUGGCCAUAGUUCCAAAUUUCUUUGUUGGCUCCCUGCGCUAUGAUCCACGGGUCUACUCAUGUACGUUUGCCCAGAACGUCAGCAGUUCCUACACAGUGGCAGUGGUGGUGGUCCACUUCCUCGUUCCCAUUGCAGUAGUUACCUUCUGCUAUCUACGCAUCUGGGUGCUUGUGAUUCAGGUGCGACGUAAAGUGAAGACUGAUGACAGCCCUCGCCUCAGACCCAGUGAUUUGCGGAAUUUCAUCACCAUGUUUGUGGUCUUUGUGCUCUUCGCCAUUUGCUGGGCUCCACUCAACCUGAUUGGUCUGGCGGUGGCAAUAGAUCCGUCCCACGUGGCUCUACGUAUCCCCGAAUGGCUUUUUGUGGUCAGUUACUUCAUGGCUUAUUUCAACAGCUGUUUGAAUGCCAUCAUCUAUGGCUUACUCAACAGGAACUUCAGGAAAGAGUACAAGCGAAUUGUCACAUCAGUGUGGGUGAAUCGGUUUUUUGUAACAGAAACGUCAAGGGCCGCCACAGAUGGGAGGAGCGUGAGAAGUAAACAAACACCUCCACCGCCACUCAACAAUAAUGAAUCAGUCAGAGACCGCAUCAACAAUGAAUGAAGUGUCGACUUUGAGAUGAAAUCUCUGAACCUGUUUUCAUGUGGCGUACAGAUGAUGCAGCUAAAGAACAUCAUGAAUAGAACAUCAAACUUGAACAAAUCACUUGGUUCUCUAUUGGCUGAUAUUUAUCAGCAUGGACAAGUAACAUGUUAUGAUAAAUAUUUUAAAGCUCAAUUUUUAUUUAUUACACAGUACU